AUGGCUCUCGCUUCGAAAACUACAAUCUUUCUCUGGAGCCUUGGCGUAUCUUUAGCUGCGAGUGUGGAUAUAUUCAAAGAGUACAGCUUCACGACCAGAGUCGACCAUUUUGCAUAUCAUGACGAACGCACUUACGAGAUGCGUUACUUCGUUUGCGACUUGUACUGGAAGACAGGCGGUGGUCCCGUGUUCUUCUACACAGGAAGCCAAGAUUCAAUCGAAGAUUUGAUUACAAAAACGGGUGUACUGCAGGAAUGGGCGCCCGAUUUCAACGCCCUGGUCGUCUUUGCCGAGCAUCGGUUCUACGGAGAGUCGUUGCCAUUCGGAAACUCCGCCUUUCAGAGCCCCCAAAAACUGGGAUAUUUGACCUCCGAACAAGCCCUCGCGGACUACGCUGAUCUCGUUUUGUACCUGCGAACAACGUUGCCUGGAGCUGCGAGAUGUCCCUUCGUAGCAUUCGGCGGAAAUUAUGGCGGAAUGCUGGCAGCGCUGUUGAGAAUCAAGUAUCCUCACUUGAUCGAAGCCGCACUCUCAAGCAGCGCGCCGAUGCGCAUGUUUUCUGGGCUGACCCCAUGUUCUGCCUAUUUGCGGGCGGUUACCGAAGCAUUUGAAAGGGAAUCUGCUGCAUGCGCGGCCGCCAUUCGACAAUCGUGGGAGUUGCUGGAAAGCACGGCCUCAACGAGCAGGGGACUCAGGGAUCUACAGAAGACGUUCAAUCUUUGUCAGAGUUCAAGAUAUACCAAUUUGCGGGACUGGAUUCAUAUGGCCUACGAGAUCCUUGCCCGGGAUAACUACGCCGAUCCUUCUUUAUCGGGCUCAUCGCUGCCGCCUUACCCAGUCAAGGAAGCCUGCAAAGUGCUUACAGGUUCUGACUCAAACGGAACUGCACCACUGGAGCUCAUCGCUGGAGUGACGAAUCUCUGCUAUAACUUCGCCGGCAAGCUGAGGUGUAACGACAUCCUAAACAUUCCAACGUCUUCAUACAGCCUGGAGUUUCAGACGUGCACCGAACUUGUCCAUCCAGUAUGCAGCGAUGGCGUGGCGGACAUGUUUUAUCCGUCCGUCUGGGACCAAGCUCAGGAGACUGAAAAAUGUCGAAAGACGUACGGCGUCCGUUCGGAUAUCACGAAGGGCUAUCUGUUUUUCGGUGGAGGGAACUUGCCUUCAGCCUCGAAAGUUAUAUUCAGCAAUGGCGAUCACGAUCCUUGGAACGUCUACGGAAUCAAGGAUCCUCCUAGCGACGAGUCGGUGGUCAUCCUGAUCGAGGGCGCGGCUCACCACGAAGACUUGCGGUUCUCGUCUCCGAACGACAGCGAUGCUUUGAGAAUGGCCAGGUCCGUCGAGAAGAACUACAUUCGGCAGUGGAUUUUGGAGACCUCCAACACUUCGGAUAUUCCACCAGAGAUUCCGGAGAUAUCCCAAAAUUCCACGAGUUGCCGGAACGAAAGCGGGCCCAAAUACGUUAUUGCGUUGCUUUCUGCGAUGGCUUUGAUAGAGCUCAAAUAA